AUGGAAUUGGAUGCUAUUCUUGCUCAGAACAAGGCCAUGUCACAGCAAAUUAAUACUAUUACUCAACAUUUGAGUGGAAUGCAAGUCUUAGCUGUUAAUACUCAAGAUACUUCCUAUGACAUGAGUGGUGGCUUCCCUCAAGGUGAGAAUUAUGAUUAUGCUCAAUUUCCUCCCGAACAGAGGGAUCAACCUCAGAGGCAGCAGAAUUUCAAUAAUUCUCAGGGUAAUUUUAAUCAGAAUAAUUUCAAUAACCGUCAGUUCCAACUCUCUCAACCACAACAAAAACCGUCUCUCCCUCAGAACACAUCUGACUUGGAAUCUAUAGUUGCAGAACUCUCCAAGAGUACUCAUAGUUUUAUGCAGGAAAUCAGAGCUUCACUCAGAAACUUGGAGAUUCAAGUGGGUCAGUUGAGCAGGAAAUUUAUAGAGAUACAGAUUUUCGUGCAUCAAAGUGGUAAAGUAGCAGGUUCUGAGGCAAAGGUUAGUGAGGAGCCUGUUGAAAAAGAAGCUCCAGAGAAGGACAAGAAUAAGGUGGAGCACAACCCCCUUAGACACCCGGAUAACCCUUUUCUAGUUGAUCUUGAGACACGUUCGGCGUUGCCUAAGGCACCUGAGUACAAGCGUAAGAUGCCAUAUCCUCAAAGGCUUCAGAAGGCCUCCAAAAACAAGCAAUUUUCCAGAUUUUUAGAGAUCUUCAGGAAGCUUCAGAUCAAUAUUCCUUUUGUAGAGGCCCUUGAGGAAAUGCCUCUUUAUGCCAAGUUUAUGAAGGAAUUGUUGAGUAACAAGAGGAACUAG